GACAGUUCAGAUCUGAAGUCGGCCCAGGAUACUUGUGUAUUUGAUGACUUCGGCAUGGAUUCGCGUUACCUUGGAUUUUCUUUGCAAAAGGAGUCAGUUCGUCAUCUGGUCCGGCAAGGAAGCGUUUCAUUCACACUGCAGUAGUGUUUUACAGAAAAACGUGUCAAGGAAAACCAGCAUGUCAUCCAACACAAUGUCCCAGAGAAUGGUUUGGGUGGACCUGGAGAUGACAGGCCUGGACAUUGAGAAGGACCAGAUCAUUGAAAUGGCAUGCAUUAUCACAGACUCUGACCUGAACAUUUUGGCUGAGGGGCCCAACUUGAUAAUUAAUCAGCCAGACCAGCUGUUGGAAGGGAUGUCAUUGUGGUGUAAAGAGCAUCAUGGAAAGUCAGGGCUGACCCAGGCUGUGCGGGACAGUAAAAUUACCCUGGAACAAGCAGAGUAUGAGUUCCUGUCCUUCGUCAGACAGCACACCCCGCCAGGGCAGUGUCCCCUUGCUGGUAACUCUGUGCAUGCAGACAAGAGGUUCCUGGACAAGUACAUGGCACAGUUUAUGUACCACCUUCACUACAGGAUCAUUGAUGUUAGCACCAUCAAGGAGCUUUGCAGACGGUGGUUUCCAGAGGAAUACAGUAUGGUGCCUCACAAGAGAGCAACCCACAGAGCCUUGGAUGACAUUCGGGAGAGCAUUAAAGAGCUGCAAUACUACAGAGCCAAUAUCUUCAAAGUCUCAACAGAGGAGAAGAAGCGCAAAAUUGUAGAAAACGGCAACCAAUGUUGAAUAGAGCUUUUGCUGUUGUGUUGCUGUAUUUCCCAAAGAAAGCCAUUUCAUCAUUUAAUGUGAUUUGUUUGUCCUCAAUAAUUUUUGUUUCUGUUCAUAUUUAACUGCCCAAUGAUCUUUUGUUACUCUGUUGUGCAUUUUAGAGGUUUAAUCAAAGGGAGGAAGAUUCUAAAAGCAGUUUAUUCAAAAGAAAAGUUUAAAAGAGGAAAACGUGACCAUUGGUAGUUUGGAGUUUUGUAAUUAUUGAGACAUCUUUAUUCUGGGAUUGACCCUCAUUUUCCCUUGUUUUUAAAAUAAAACCAAAUAAACAAUGGUCUCUGAGGAAAAAGUCUA